GGGAGAAAAAAUAAACAAAAAUUAAAUAACUCUUCAAAAGUUCAUAUUUGACGUUGUUUACAUCGAUUUACUUUGAAAAUAUGCCUCAAAGAAGCAUAGCGUCGUUCUUUUCAUCAAAACCUAAGGUCAAAGAAAGCAAUAACGAGCAAAAAGACUGUGGAAAAUCAAGAAAGUCCUCAGAAGAAUCGUCAAUAAAGGAUGAAACAUUGCCUGGUGCAGAUCAAUUUUCCCCUAUUAAAAAGACAAAGAAAAGUUCAAAAAAAAUACUGGUUGACAGCGAUGAAGAAGACCAGUUGAAUGGAAAAGGUGACCAGGCGAAUGGUGAUAAGGAAUGUAAAAAUGGUAGUUCAACAGAUGAAGGCUUGAGAUCGGCUGAAGAAAGUAAAGAGGUUAAAAGGACAGAAGAACCAAAGUCAUGUAGUCCAAAUGAAAUUCCAAAACGUAAAACUGCAAGAAAACACAUGAGAAAGAGGAAGGCAGAUGAAGAUAGUUCAUCAAACAGUGAUGACCAUAAGACUGUAAAGAAAUCAAAGACAAGUGACAAUACAGAAACCUCAAUCAAAUCUGAACCAAUGGACACCGAUGAAAAUAAACCAGAAACAAAGAAUGAAGAGAGCAGUGAAGUAAAAAGUGAAAAAGGUCAAACUGAUAUAAAAAGUGAAGAAGACAAAACUGAUAUGGAAGAUGAAGUUAAGAGUGAAGUUAAGGAAGGGAAUAAUAACAAAGUUGACACUGUAGAUAAAGACAGCUCAUCUCCUAAACCAAAAAAGACGUUCCACAGUUUCUUUGGAAAACCCUCUUCAAAGUCUGAAGCAACAAAAACUGAAGAUGCCUCCAGCAAUGGAGAAAUUGUUGACUCUAGAGAAUAUAACCCUGAAAAGAACACUUACCAUCCUAUAAAACACGCCUGUUGGAAACACAAGGAAAGAGUCCCUUAUUUAGCUCUCGCCAGAACCUUUCAAUCGAUUGAAGACACAUCAGCCAGGUUGAAAAUUACAUCGACUUUGUGCAAUCUUUUUCGCUCGGUGAUAGCUCUAACCCCAGAUGAUCUGCUACCAACUUUAUACCUCUGCUUAAAUAAGCUUGCGCCAGCCUAUGAAGGUAUUGAACUUGGUAUUGGUGAUGGUGUUUUGAUCAAAGUUAUUGCAGAAGCUACUGGUCGCAGUUCCCAACAAGUCAAAUCUGAAUUUGCAGAAAAGGGGGAUCUUGGAAUUGUUGCUGAGGCCAGUCGUUCAACACAGCGGACAAUGUUCACCCCUGCCAAACUUACCAUUGUUACAGUUUACAACAAGUUAAAAGACAUUGCUAUGAUGACUGGACAUUCAUCAGUCAAUCGUAAAGUGGACAAAGUGAAAAGUAUGUUUGUGGCGUGUCGUCAAUCCGAGGCGAGAUACCUAACAAGAUCCCUCGCGGGCAAACUCCGUAUCGGACUAGCAGAACAAACUGUCCUCACAGCUUUGGCGCAUGCUGUCGUCUUCACCCCCCCGAGCAAAGAUUUUCCUCCUGAAGUAUUGGACGCCAGUAAAGGUUUAUCUGCCGAGAGUUUUAAAAAGAAACUCGAUGAGGCUGCUUUGUGUAUCAAGACGUGUUACUGCGAGUUGCCAAAUUACAAUCUUCUUAUUCCUGCUUUGCUUCAACAUGGUUGGCGAGAAUUACCAGAGCAUUGUCAUCUUACACCAGGUGUUCCAUUAAAACCGAUGUUGGCUCAUCCAACGAAAGGUGUAGAUGAAGUUUUCAAAAGAUUUGAAGAUGCUUCAUUCACUUGUGAAUAUAAAUACGACGGAGAGAGAGCUCAGAUCCACGUUUUGAACAACGAGGAUAUUCGCAUUUAUAGCCGUAACCAGGAGAAUAACACCACGAAAUAUCCGGAUAUUAUUGCAAGAAUGUCAAAGGUCCUAAAAGAGAACGUGCAGUCGUGUAUUAUUGAUUCAGAGGCCGUCGCGUGGGAUCCGGAAAAGAAACAGAUUUUGCCAUUUCAAGUUUUAAGCACAAGAAAAAAGAAAGAUGCCAAUGCUUCAGAGAUAAAAGUUCAAGUGUGUAUUUACGCGUUUGACUUGCUUUAUUUGAAUGGAAAGUCUUAUGUCAAAGAGCCUUUCAAAGUCAGACGAGAAUUAUUGAGGUCUUCACUGAACGAGAUUGAGGGCGGGUUCAUCUUUGCAAAAUGCAUAACAUCCACAGACACAGACGACAUUGCUGAAUUCCUGGACGAGUCUAUCAAAGGAAACUGUGAAGGGUUGAUGGUAAAAACGCUGGAAGUUGAUGCCACAUAUGAAAUAGCUAAGCGAUCACACAACUGGUUAAAGUUAAAGAAAGACUAUCUUGAAGGUGUUGGCGAUACGCUGGAUCUUCUUGUGAUGGGAGCAUAUAUGGGAAAAGGAAAGAGAGCUGGUCGUUAUGGCGGCUUUCUGGUCGCUUGCUACGACGAGGAAAAAGAAGAAUUCCAAUCCUGCUGCAAAGUCAGCACUGGUUUAAAAGAUGAAGAUCUAGAAGCUCAGUAUAACCUAUUUCAAGAACAUAUUAUUGCGAAACCAAAACCUUAUUAUCGUUUCGAUCAAAGUCUUGAACCUGAUGUUUGGUUUGAUGCAAUCAAGAUUUGGGAGGUAAAAUGUGCUGACCUCUCAAUCUCUCCCGUCCACAAAGCCGCAGCUGGGAUUGUUGACUCUGAGAAAGGAAUCUCGUUGCGUUUCCCAAGAUUCAUCCGCGUACGAGAAGACAAGAAACCAGAGCAAGCCACGUCCAGCGUUCAGGUGGCGGAAAUGUACAGAAAUCAGGACACAGUAAAGAACAAUCAGGCCGCAUCAAGCGUCAACGCUGGCGAUGACCUUGACGAUUUCUAUUAAUCCCUCGCGAAAAGACACCCAUGUACGUUAUCACGGAUUAUGACGUCCUCAAAACGCCUGCCGUGUCAAGGUGAAUCCUAAAAAAAACUAUAGCCUUUCUUAUUUAAACUUGCUGCAAACCUAUUAUUCACCUAAUUUGACAAUCUCCUUGUGUCUAAAAGGACGUAAUUGGCCACCGUUCUGUAUUAUCUCUCGCACGAUUUGAGUGCAUUAAAAAAAAGAACACGAUUUAUGUUUUAGUUUGAUUACUAGUAGUGAAGAUUCGCUUUAGGAAACUACUAUCAAAGCACAGCAGUUAUGCGGCGAUCUUAACUGUAAAAGGCUUUAGUUGUUUUUUUACUCACCCUGGAUAUAAACCAAUUUAUAAGCAUAUCUGAAUUAGCCUUUGGAUGUGACUAAAACAUGAACUGCGGCGUACGGAGUAUGGAAUCAGAACUGGUUAAGAUUGUAACCUUUGUAAGACUCUCUGUAAGCCAUCUCUGCUCCAUUCACGACACGGUUACGAUCGCUUUACGAGCAUGCCACGACCAUAUACAGUGAAAACUAAACUUUACAGAAUGAGACCAUGACUUGUUCGUGAUUUAAAACUCGUUCGAGGAAUUUCAUUUCCCUAAAUUAGGCAGUACAACUUAUAGAUAACUUAUUAUAGUAUAUAAUAUGGGCCUAAGUUUCUGAACUUUGAUAAAGCGGAGAUUAACUAAAUUUUGACCAUCUAUUUUU